AAAUCCACUGCACCUUUUCAAAUAAACAAAACAAUAUAAACUGUAUGUAAAUUCCUUCACCGGAACUCCAUCACCACCCUCAAAUCCCCUCACCGGAACCCUAAGCAACCACGGCACCAAUGGACGGCAGCAUUCUAGAAUCAAUCGGAACCGAAAUUAUCGGCGUAAUGUCACCUGUAUCUAUCUGCAUGCUAAUAGUCGUCUUAAUAGUCUACUCAUCAUCGUCAUCCUCAUCGUCCGUACAACCUAUCCGCACCGCCGCUAAUCUCGUCUAUCUCGAAACACCGUCCGACUCAACUUCUCAAAAACUCGAAGGAUCACUCCUAAACGCCGUCGUUUUUGUCAUUUUAAUCGCCGCUGUAACUUUCCUCCUUGUUAUCCUUUACUAUUACAAUUUUACUAAUUUUUUGAAAAAUUAUAUGCGUUUUUCUGCUUUUUUUGUUCUCGGUGUAAUGGGCGGGUCUAUUGUGUUAUCGAUUAUUCGGCAGUUUUCGAUUCCGGUUGAUGUGAUUACUUGUGUCAUUUUGCUGUUUAAUUUUACUGUUGUUGGUGUCAUAUCGGUUUUUGCUGAAGGUGUGCCGGUUCCGAUUAUUGUUAGGCAGGUUUAUAUGGUAGUUUUAGGGAUAAUUGUUGCUGUUUGGUUUACGAAUUUGCCUGAAUGGACUACGUGGACAUUGUUAGUUGCAUUAGCCGUUUAUGAUUUAGUUGCGGUUUUGGCACCUGGUGGACCGCUUAAGAUAUUGGUUGAGUUGGCGUCUAGUAGGGACGAUGAGCUUCCUGCUUUGGUUUAUGAGGCUAGACCGACAGUUUCUAGGAACGCUAGAGGGGCUGGGUUAGGGCUUUUGGUCGCUGGCGUGUCGUCUGAUGAGGUAGAGGUUGAGAUGUCUCGACGUAAUGGUAGUGAUGUUGAGCUUAUGGAUGAGGAGACUUCACCUUUGGUGCCGAGUUUGCAUGAUAGGAUUAGGUCUAGUUCAAGUGGAAGUAGUGAAUUUGCGAUUUCUGUGGGUGGUAAUGCUGAUCGGUUUCGAGAAACUGAAAUUGUUGGGGAUGAGGAGGAAAGGACGCCGCUUUCUUCGACGGAACCACACAGUGAGGAGAUGACUCGGGGGAUAAAACUUGGGUUGGGUGAUUUUGUGUUUUAUAGUGUUCUUGUGGGUAGGGCUGCGAUGUAUGAUCUGAUGACUGUGUAUGCUUGCUACCUUGCCAUUAUAUCUGGAUUGGGGUGUACUCUUGUACUGUUGUCUGUGUUUCGUCAUGCCUUGCCAGCUCUGCCGAUUUCUAUAGCGCUUGGUAUCAUGUUCUACUUCUUAACUCGGGUGUUAAUGGAACCAUUUGUAGUUGGGACGUCAACAAAUUUAAUGAUGUUUUGACUGUUCCCAUUUUUUGUAACUACGAUUGUAGAGGUAUUACCAUAAAGUGUACUUCAAACCAUAUAACUGAAUCGUCCUGGAUAGGUAUAUUUGUUAGGGGAUAACCUUCAGUUUACGAGUUGUAAGCUUCUUGCGCAAUUUCAAAUCGUUCUGCAACUCUCUUUAAGGAAUUUUUGUAAGUUUUAAGUUUGUAAUGAUUCAAUAGUAAAUGAUAUCAAGUCCCAUUUUUAUCUGA